CGUGCGCGGCGCCGCUGUCUGUGGGUUGGCUGGUUAUUUUGCAAGCGGGAGGGGCUGUGCGCGCUCCUGCCUCCCGCCUCUGUCCCCCACCCCCUUCCCCGGUCCCAGUCUCUCCUUCGGAAAGAUGUCGGACACGGCAGUGGCUGACACUCGGCGCCUUAACUCGAAGCCGCAGGACCUGACCGACGCUUAUGGGCCUCCAAGUAACUUCCUCGAGAUCGACAUCUUUAAUCCACAGACGGUGGGCGUGGGCCGCGCGCGCUUCACCACCUAUGAGGUUCGCAUGCGGACAAACCUACCUAUCUUCAAGCUGAAGGAGUCCUGUGUACGGCGGCGCUAUAGUGACUUUGAGUGGCUUAAAAAUGAGCUGGAGCGAGAUAGUAAGAUUGUAGUACCACCACUGCCUGGGAAAGCCUUGAAGCGUCAGCUCCCUUUUCGAGGAGAUGAAGGGAUAUUUGAGGAGUCCUUCAUUGAAGAAAGGAGGCAGGGCCUCGAACAGUUUAUUAACAAAAUUGCUGGGCACCCACUGGCUCAGAAUGAACGCUGCCUACACAUGUUCCUGCAGGAGGAGGCAAUUGACAGGAACUACGUCCCUGGGAAGCACUGAAGCAGCUCAACCUUAUACUGGGACCUGGGCGACAGAGGCUAACCAAAAAUUUUAAACAUAGUAGCUAGACCCAAAAGAAGUCUAAAUCUUCACAUUCUGGAGAUGACUUAUCUACUACCCUUUGACCCAUUCUUUGACAUGAGGAGUUGAGCUGGUAAAGGAUGGAAGAGGUGAGCGGCCUUCAAACUGCGCUGGAGUUUUUGUUUGAUGAGACAUCCUAGCUGAGACAGUUCUAUCUUCAAAUAUAUGCUGUCAUAAUUUAAGUAAAAUUACUUUUUACUGUGGAAAUGCAGACCAACUGCUCACUGAAAUGGAUAUUUCUUCAUAUCCUGAAGACUUUUGAGUCACCUCUGGUCUUCUCUUCUUAGACACAAUAACAGUUCUAAUUUUUCCUCACUUGGCUCGUUUUUUACCCUUUUAACUUUAUUAUUCUGAAAUCUCUCCAAGGUCCUUAUAUGUCCCUAAGUCAUAGAGUCUAAAACUGGACACCACUUUAAUUAUAGCCUGAAGGUUAGGUGGUUGUUAGUCCAUUUAUACAUCGUAGUAUUCAAGUUUACUUUUAAAAUAUAAAUACUUUGUGACUAAUUUAGCUUGUGGUUCUCUGCCACUCCCUUCCCGACCAUCCACCACCCUUCAUUCCUCUUAUCUUUUGUUUUGCUUUGCUUUUACAAAAAGAAAUAAUUGUUCUUAUUUUUAUUUUCUCUUGCCUGUCUGCCUGCCUAUCUAUCUAUCUAUCUAUCUAUCUAUCUAUCUAUCUAUCUAUCUAUCUAUCUAUGCUUUUGAGAACAGAAAGCUCAUUCCUUACAAAACAAAUUGGAUAAUUAUUAACAUUACACGGAAUAAAGGAUUUUUUAAUUCACAGCAGGUUUUUGUUAAAUAGGUGUUUCCUGCAGUGGUUUUAAGUGUUUGUAUAUAGAUCAUCAACUACCUGAUACAGAGAAACUGAAUGUACAGGAUUAAGAGGUACUGCCAAUUGAAGAGCAAUCAGAAAUUAGAUAAAACAGUUCUUAAGUGAACAGUGAAAUACAUUUAGAGUCACAGAAAUUUAUACAUUACUUUUCAGGAAAAUGUUAUUUUACCCAUAAUGUUUUUUAUCCAAAUACAGUCAACUUUUGAUAAUCUGUGCCAAUGGAGAGCUUUUUAUUUUGUUAUGCAUAAGACUUUAAAAUAUUUCCUAAUAUGUCAUCAGAAGGAGACUCAGGAAGAUCUGAGAAGUAGAAAAGGAAUAGUAGGCCCGGAAUAGAAACCUGGGUCCUGGAGCCAGCUAUGUUAGUUAGCUGGCUAUAUAGCACCUACAGGCAGAUUGCUUCACCCAUCUGGACCUGUUUUCUCAACUGUAAACUGAGGGCAUUUGACUGAAUGGUUUCUGAGGUAUCCUAAAUCUCGAUUUUUUUAUGAUUUCCAACUCUUGCCCUAAGGAACUGAGUAAACCCUGGAGGUGAUGCUACCAAACAGGCGGAAGCAAAGUUUUUCCCAUUUGAUGGGGUUUGCUGUAGUGUAGUUUUCUCUCCCAGAAAUGAAUGACCCUUCACUUACCCUGAUUAGAGUUUGUUUGCCCACAUCCUGUAGUAUCAAGUCAUGAGUAGUACCACAUUGAAACUCGGUGUUGAUUUACAGUUGCCCUAAUUUUAUCCUAGGUCUUCUAGUUGAAAUUUUUUAUGUAUUUGUUUUUUAAAGAUUUUAUUUUUAAGUAAUUUCUAUACCCAGUGUGGGGCUUGAACAACCCGGGCUUUACAACCUAGACAGGGGUCGCAUGCUCUACCCGACUAAGCAGCCAGGCACCCCUAAAUUGAAAUUUUUAAAUGAAAUAGUCACCUCAUUCCUGUAUGGAAUUACUCUUAUUUAAAAUGUAGAAAUUGU